GUUUGAGCAUCAACUACCUUGAGUGAUUGGCUGGUUCGUUUGCUUUUAAUCUUGUCACUAUAUGAAUGAAGAGUAUGGUGCGGAUAUUGGUUGCCUGCUCUGAGAUUGCUGAGAUUGUGGAUAUGUUGAUUUAAAUCUCCCUUUUUGCCCGAGUUUCGAUUAGUCUCGGAGAAGACUCGCUGCAAUCGGAGACCAGAACCUGAGGCACUACCUGGACCUGCCAGUGCACUCAUAUUCGAGGGAACACGAUCAAGGUGGCCUUUGGGCAUUGCAGUUGAUAUCACGACAGAAAAUUAACGGCAAAUUGCUUUGAUCAUGUCUCCUGCCCGUGGAGGAGUCCCCGGCCAGAGGAGCCCCCACGUGCUGGUCACGGACUCGCGCGAGCAGCAACCUCAACCUGUUCGUCGUGCCCCUGCGUGGUCCACCCCGACCACGACACAACCACGGCCACGCUCUCGUCUAGCGUCUGCAGCUGGCGGAUUGAUCGGUGCGGGAAGUAGUGCAGGUGGCUCUGGUCCUAUUGGAAGCGGAAGUCGGCUGGUCAACACCGCAGCAACGAUGGGGCGACUUGCGGCGCAACCGCGUUUACCUCCGCGCACGACAAAAGUCAGCGAGAAGCUCGUCCUUUUACCGGAAGCGGAGGGAGUGGAGGGGGAUCUGAAUGAGGAGGAGGAAGAAGACGAGGUGGACGAGGAGUUCGUGCAGAGACUGGCCAAGGAGAGGAAUCUGGAUCCCGAUUCUUUGCGACAGAGACUGUUGACACAAAAGAGGCUUGGGGGUGAUUUCGGCGUCGAUAAUGACAUUGCUCCUUUGCUGGCCGAGGAAGAGCUGCUGCGUCGACGCAAAGUCGCCCCGGAAAAGGCCAAAACCUACGCAGAGCGGCUACCCAAGGCCCGUCGUGCAGAAAAGCUGGCGCGUGUUACUGCUUAUUGCACGGCGCAAGCUUACAAGAUGAGUUCGUUGGCGGCAUUUGUCAAGGACAAGCAUGGCGGACGGACUAAGCUGUACGAUGAUUGUCUGUAUACGGCGUACCAUUUACCGCUGUUACCUGGUCUUGAGGGCUAUCGGGUGCGAAGCAGUCCGAUGGUGAAGAAACCUGGAGGCAAAUCUCUUUUGGAUGAGGAGAUUGAGAGGAACGAGCUUCGCGACCAUCAUGAUGACUAUGUCAUGGAAGCAGAGGAGCAUUCUGUCGGGGGUCACCAUCAAAGACAUAGUUCAUUGCACGAUGUUAGCGAAUCAUUGGUGCUCGAUGGCACAUUGAUCAACAAGUUCGACGAGGACUUACAUCAUUCUGACAGCGAUACGGUGAGGGAUAGCAGCAGAGUCUCAGUCCCUGGUCAUCGGCCAGCCCAAGGAUCUCCUGCCUCAACAGCGCCCGCAGGCCUACCGUACGAUGUCGCAGAGAUGUUUGUUUUCAGCUACGGCGUAGUGGUUUUCUGGAACCUGACAGAGAGGCAAGAAAAGGAUCUCCUAGCCGAUCUGGCGUUUGCAAACUCCUCUACUACAGGAUCCCGCAUACCACUGGCAACCAUGCCCUUGGAUGAGGAGGACUUUGAAACAGAAGAAUUUCACUUCGAAUACUCGACCGAAAUUUCACGGCCUCGGGUAUUCAACGACAUGAUCACCCUGCGCAGCGGCGACCACAUGAUCAAACUAGCCAUCAGCCACGGCAUCGCGCAAAGCACCAAGCUCUGCUUCUUUGAAGAAGUCAUGGCGCGCCAAAUGGCCGAGGCGAAGGACGUCCCGCGCAGACUCGCCAUGACAGGCAAUCUGGGCAUGAAGCGCGAAGAAGUCUUCCGUAUCCUAGGCAAGCUUUUCAAAAGCCGCGUAGAAGUCAACCUCUCAUCCAACAUGCUCGACGUACCCAACUUCUUCUGGGAGAGCGAACCAACCCUCUACCCGCUCUAUAACGCCGUCCGCGAAUACCUCGAGAUCAAACCCCGGAUCCAAGUCCUCAACGAACGAUGCCGAGUAUUCCUCGACCUCGCAGAGAUCCUCUCCGACUCGAUCGCCGAUAACAGAACAUCCCAUCAAACCUGGAUCAUUAUCGUCCUCAUCCUUAUCUCCAUCGUCGUUACAACCUUUGAGGUCUUCCUCCGCUUCGGCCUGCUCUCGGCCCGCGAAAAGAACGCCUCUUCCACUUCCUUCGGCGCCAUGCUUUUCUCUCGCGCUUCGAAUCCGGCUACCUGCUCGUGUCCUGCGCAGGGUGUAUUUGACAUGAAUGCAACUGGGCUUGGGGCGCAUUACUCCUAGUCGUCUCGUUUCUAAUUUGCCUGAGUCAGCAUUAUGCAGGUUUUCCAUGACGCCGUGGCCAACAUCCAUAUAUUCGAUUUCUCCGCACUGACUGCUAUGAUUUAUUAAGGCGCCCAGGAUCUUGUUAUUAUAUCUCCAUCUCUCAAAAGCCAUCCAGCAGCCUUCGAUAUUUAAUAUGCUUCUAUCAUACAUACAGUUUUGUAAUUCUCAUUUACAAGGUUCCUGUGUUGAUUCUUUGACAAAGGAAAAGGUACAAAGGAAAUUCGAGGGGUAAAAACGAGACAAGCGAUAGGGGGAAUAAUGUAUCAGCAACACAGACAAAAUUAGGUAUAGGGGAUGCAAGGGGAUUGAAAGCACGCAAGGUGAUCACCAAUGUCGAUGACAACCACAGAUAGAAAACAGAUACCCGAAUUCCCG